AAAGAUGGACAAAGACGAUGUGAAUGACCCCAAUCCCGAUCGACCAUCUCCAAUCAGUAUGAUAGCAGAAGCAAGUGCUCCAGUUCCCUCACGUCUCUCAAUCGUCCCAAGCAGAGUUAACGGGUCAGUCCUUCAGGACUGUUCCAGCGAGGUUCACUGUUCAUCGUGUAAAGAACGCUUCAAUCAGAUCGCCAAACUACCCAGGUUGUUGCCGUGUUUUCACACUGUUUGCGAGGGAUGCUUACAUUUAGAGGGGAUACUUGCCCACGCCUGCCCGAUAUGUAAAGAGAAAUACAGCCUGGGUACUGACGGAAUAUCAAGCUUGAAAGUAAACUACUAUGUUACUAAGAUGGUUCAGAUUUUCAAUCUGUUAGAAUCAGAGCAGACUGAACGGCUGAAAUGUAUGGGAUGCAAUAGAGCUGCCCAUUUCAGGUGCAUGAAAUGCAGUGAGAACUAUUGCUCCAGUCACGCCGAGUUCCACCACAAAUCCCGCGCCACCCACGACCACAACAUAAUCGCGGUGAAGGAUGUCGCCAACAACAUACACUCUCUGUCGGCCGUCCGGGAGCAGGAGUACUGCGCGGUUCAUACUACUAGAUCCCUCGAACUCUACUGCUUGGAAUGUGACAAAGCCCUGUGCUCGCUGUGCUGUAUCACCCAGCACAGGACACACUCCACGUGCAGUGUAGCCAAUGCUGCACAGAGAGCGAAGAGGGAGUUGCUGUCUCUGGGUCCCAAGGCUGGAGAGAAGAUGAGUGUCGAGAAACAGAAAGUUAUUGCUCUGAAAAAGAUGGCCAAUGAAGUGCAAAUAGAUCACGAAACGGCGAAGAGAACUUUGAAAGAGUUCAGCCAGAGGAUGAUACAAAAUAUUAAGACUAGAGAAGACGAGCUGUUGUCUCAUCUGAGCACAAAAAGGUCAGCCCUCAACAGGACUAUCAACGGAAAGAUAGAGCAAACAGAAGAUAAGCUGAAAAUGGUGAAACAAACUAAAGAAUUUGCAGAGAAGAUACAGAAGAACUGGAGUGAAGUGGAAAUACUCAAUGUUAGGAAACAGAUAGUUGACAGACUACAAGAGUUCAGCGACUCCCGUACAGAAUCAGUGGACAACAUCUACAUAUCCCCGAUCAGAUUUGCUCCAAGCGGUGAAGAUGCUCUUAUACAAAGCAUUUGGAGCUUCAAAAACAGGCACCUUCUUAAAGUAUGAUGGGCGUCAGGGCCAAGGAAAGAUUAACGAAGAAUUGAAGUUUAAGACCGGAUGGGAAAUUCACAUUCUCCAAGAUAAAUAGAGGUUGAAAUGAUACCUAGCUGAAAUCAGGACCAUUCACUGACUUUACCCUAGAAAUACAAAGGCUCUGAAACAGUUUUAAAGUUUGCUGACAGGAUACUUCUAUUGAGUACAUGUUUUAUAGAUUGUUGAGUUUAAAUUGCAGCUACAUUACUUACUUAUUCAUAUUGGAGCCUUGAAGGCAAAGCCAGCUGUGCAUUCGAGGCAGCAGUUGUGUCCGGCUUUUACUAACAUUUUACAACAAAACUGAUCGGAAUAUAGCGUAUUGUUGAUUGUAUGACGUAAAAUGCAGUUCAAAUCGCGCCGAAGAAUAGUUGUGUGAAUCAUUGUAAAUUGUACAUAGCUGUAGUGUCAGCAUAGGUUUACAGUAUAAUAUUAGAGCUUUCAUUUAACCCUGUAGCGAUAAAGUUAUCUUUCGAUUGAUAA